CCGUGACCCCCUCUGGGCUCACUCGCCCCCCUCCGCGUGGCCGUCGCUGAACUGGGGCCUCAGUUUCCCCGGCCGUGCAGCCCCUGCCCCACAUCUCGCCCCGGCUCGUGGUUUCCCCAAGAUUUCAUCUCUUCAUCCGGUCGCCCUCGCACGCCAUUCGUCCAAGACCGCAACCCGGCCAGGCGUCCCGCAAGCGCGUUUGCAUUCCUUCGCCGGGCGGGGGCGACAACACCUGAGGCCGCGCCCCUCCAGCUUGGCCCUGCCCCCUCAUUGUCUUGCCUACUUCUUGGGCCGCCCUGUGGCGCUGCUGUGGUCGCGAGGUUGGGGUUGGGGGCCAGAACCACCCCAGAGACUCCACGUUGUCUUCUCGGAGGGCUCGGUCGUGCCCUGCUGAGUGGAUCCAUCCUGGCGGCCACCGGUCAGGAGGAGUUAGGGGCAGAGCCCUUGCUGAGUGGAGGGAGCCGGGGGCUGCCUCUCUGUCCCCCAUCUCCAGACUCGUGAUCCUGCAGGUGUUGUGUGUGCUGGUGUCGGCGUGUGCAUGAGAAAUCAGGGUGGUGUGGGUGUGCAGGGUGGUUGCAUUGUGUGUGCGUAUUCGUGGGCCUGGAGACGGAUGGGAGGUGGGACGGGUUCCGUCCCCGCUGCUCAGAGUGGGCUGGGCGGAAGCCAGGCCUGUCUGCUGCUGCGUCCUGGUCACAAGCCCAUCGACCAUCCAGGAUCUUGCAGGGUCCCUUAAUGUAAGUGACACAAAUGUACACACCCCACAUGUGGCAAGGGCCACCAGGUCGCACACACUUGGCCACAGCACUGUGUUGCUGACUUAGCCAUACACAUGGGGACAUGGUGUGGGAUAGACUGGUACCCAAUAUGUGGUGGUGGAUACUGGGGAGUUGGAGGGCCUUCCCGGGUGUCUCCUCCAUUCCUUGUCUCCAGGCAAGCUCUCCUUAGUCUAGACAAGGAGCUUCUCUUCCUCAAACCUCAGGAAGUGGGUCCCAUCAGAUUCAGCCCUAUAGGAUCCAGGUAGGACUGAGUAGUCCUAUCCUUUGAGUCUCAGGCCCUCUCUGAAUUUCUGGAUGAAGCAGGAUCAACUAGGGGAUCUCUGGGCCCGUAUCCUCCAUUCCCUUGCUGAACCCACCAAGGUAGCAUUCCACCCAGUUCCUGAUCAGGAGAGGGCUGGACACUGACCCUUGAGGAAGGACUACGAGCAUGGUCACUGCAGAAAGUCCUCCUGCCUUGGGGCUUCAGGAUGUUGGGUUCCUGAGCUAUAGCUGAAAAGCCUGGCAGUGAGCCUCCCACUGGCCAGUACGUCUCUCCAGCCUGGUUCUGGCUAAGAUGGAGCUAGAAGGCAUGUCUCCCCUAUCCUCCCUACCAUCCCUGGACUCAGACCAAGUGUUUCGCAACAUCUUUGAGACAGUGGUUUCCAACCUGUUUUCCAUCCUGAAUUGUACCUGACACUUCUAACUUUGGCCAGCUGGGACCACCUCUGUCACCUCCACCCCAUCUGACACAGGAGGAAACUGGUCCAGCGCUAGAGUGAAUCAGGUUGAAGUGAGAAAAGGGGGACAGACUACCCCAAGGGACUGCCAACGUCAGGCCUGGAGAUUUCCCCCAUAUUCCUCCUGCACACAGCCCUUUUUGGACCGAGAGAAGCAGCUCCCAGCUCCCCUGCCUGGGGGCUGCCUAAAACUCUCUAACCUCUUCUCCAAGAAACAGCCCCAGGGAGCAUUACCCACUAACAGCCAUGCUUCACAACUCUAGCCACAGCAAAGGCCUGGCCUAUGUGGGUAAGCAUCCCUUGAUUCAGAUCAUGGGCACCAGGCAGGCUGAGAGGUACCCCAAGUGGGUAGGUCACACCCAAGUCCAGCCACAGGUUCUGGAGUCUCUCAAAUCCUGUGUACCCUGACUGCACUAGAUCGGGAGGACAAGUCGCUUCCAGGCAGAAGAAAGCAACAACACUUCCUUUCCAGUUCAGCUUUAUUUUGCAAAAAUUUACAAGGCCUCCUUUGCACAGAGAUGCUUAUGGGGACCACAUGAAUCAAUGUGCCCUCACAGUCCAGACUUAGUGGCAGAGACAGGACACAAGUGCCAUGGUAGACAGUGCCAUGGUCUUUCUUCCUGUGCCCUGGAUAAUUGGAUAAAAAUGGAUUUAGUGCUGUGGUAGACAGGAGUGCAAAUGGACCCCCAAAAGGAAGAGAUCGAGGAAGUCUUCCCAGAGUAGAAGAUUUUUGCCAAUAUGCCAGAUGGAGAACGGAGAUUGGCAAGAGCAGAAGUCUGGAAGGUUAUGAGAACAGGGUAGGAAGGACAAGGUGUCCAGAGUGGUAAGCAAAGGGGAAGUAGAUGAAAAUGGAAAAAUAGGCCAGACAGCUCCUGAUGCUGUGGUAUAAGCUUUUGACUCUACAUAGUAGGGACCACUGGCUUCAAACCUUUUCGGCAACAAAGUUUAGGUGAGGCUACCUAGGGACCCUAGCCUUGGUUCCUUGCUCCUGACCUGAUCUGUCUUUUCUUCCACAGGUAAGAUCCUGAGGAGGCAGGAGAGGGACAGGGAAGGAGUAUGGGUAGGGGCAGGGGGAGCCCUGUACCCCAAUACUUCCCCUUUCCUCCUGGAGCCUCCAGUGUCUCAGGCAGCAUCAUCCCAGUCUACUGUACCCUCCUGGCCACUGUGGUCCUCGGUCUGCUUGCCUAUGUGGCCUUCAAGUGCUGGCGCUCACAUAGACAAAGACAGCAGCUGGCCAAAGCUCAAACUGCAGAGCUGGGAGGUCUCAACAAGGACCAGAUGCAUGGGGAUAGCAGUGUCUUCCUGGACUCUCCUAGCAGUCUGGAGCCCUGUGCCUCCAACCAGGCAGCACCAGGAGAAAGUGGAGCGGCUGCUAGAGGUGUCAGUUGAAACUGACAAAGGCUGGCGGGGACUGGCAGACCAUCUGGGCUACCAGGCUGAGGCUGUAGAAAUCAUGGCCCAAGGCCAGGUGCGAGCCUACACACUGCUGAGGGACUGGGCUAUCCAAGAAGGCAGUGGCGCCACCCACAAGGUGCUAGAGAAUGCCCUGGGCCAGGAAGAUGUGGUCCAGGUCCUGGGCCCCCAAGCUGAGGGCUGCUCUGUGGCAUGAGUGCUGCCUCCAUAGCCUGGCUCCUCGGAGCCUGCUCUGGUGCUCCCGUACCCCCAUCUCAUGUAUCUUUCCCUUCAUGGGCUUCCUGGGGUUGCUGGGCUCAGCCUGCUCUGUUCUGGAGAAGAAAACCGAAGAUCCAGCCACCAUUCACUUCCCCUCACCCACCCAUCCCCUCCAGAAGAGGCCCCAGGAUAUGGUAGGGAAGUAGGCAGUGAGGAGUGGUCCUGCCCUUUGGAUCCCUACUCCACCUCCUCUUAAGCCUCAGCUGGUUUUGCUACUUUUGUAACCCGUAUUAAAGGUGGUUCGGACUUUUCCGCUGGCUCUAUUUGGCUCCUUGGGCCUGUGAGACAGCUGGGUGGGUGGCUAUGAGGGAGGCCCAGAAAAGGGCUGGGGGUCCCUAGGCUGUGGGAGGGCCCUCUCCAAGCAGCACCUGGGAUGGCAGGGACUGUGAUCCUAUAGAAGAUGCAUGGGCUCUGGAGGCACAGAUCAGAGUUCAUAUCCUGUGCCUACCAUUUGCUGGCUUUAUCCUGUUUGGAAGCUUUUUUACCUUGCUGAUUAUUUUACCUUGGUAUUUUAUCAACUUCCUUAGCUGGAGAACAGUAAGUUUAGGUGACACUUUCAGUAGUUUCCCCCACACCUAAGACUCCCAGGUUGGUGCUGAGGGACCCCGGGUUUGAGAUCAUUUUCCUGACUUGUUCUGUGAGCAGCACCAAGGGGAGGCUGGAGGCCUGUUCCUCUAGACAGGAGGCAAGAAACAGGCUGGUCCUGGGCAGUUAAUUACCAAGGGCCUCAGGUCACCUCUAGAUAAGAAAAAAGAAAACACUCUUUACAAGACCUGAACUCAGGACAAGGCAUUCCAAAUGUACUUCCACAUCUGCUCAUGUGGUUGCUGCACACACCAAGAACAGGUGGGUCUCCUGGGCAGCUCAGGACAAGGCAGGUGCAGCCAAGUCCAUGCAUAUGCACUCCAUGCAUAUGCCCACCCCAAAGGGUAGAGGCAGGUAGGUUGGCACAGUAAGUGCCUUUUGAAGAAGGUGCUAUAAAAGACAAGCCCUGCCUAGGAAGAAACAAUGCCUACUCUCCUGGCAUCUAUCAGCAUAAGUAGGCUUCAGAGGCACAGCCGUCCAAACUCAGAAGACAUGGGUUCCAGUCAUGGUCUAGUGGGGUCCAAGGUAGAUCCUGUCCCUCUGCUGACACGAGAUGCAACUGAGAUUGACUACUCUGUGAGUACCAAGCUCAUCAGACUGCUGCUACUGCUACCCUCAGAAAUAGUUGACCAGGGCUGCUUAACACUCCGUAAAUCUUACCCUUAAACUAAGGAAGAACCGGAAGUUUAUAGCCACCUUCCUCCACAGAUGACCUUAGGGCAAUAACCCUGAAGAACCAGGAGAGGAAGCAGGGAAGAUACGCACCAGCUGUUGGAGACAUCAUAAGCUGGAGCUUUGGGUCAAAACCAUGCAUUUGAUUUGGUUGCAAGCAGCAGUGCAUGUGGUUAUACCCCUGCACUGCAAACCCACUGAAAAGAGAAAUGCCCCCUUUCAAUGUGCUUAAGCACAUUAACUAAACUAUUCUCUGUAACAGACAUAAUUCCAAGACGUUAGGAGGGUUGAGCAAAUUACAAUCUCUGCAUGUGAUAUAAUAAUAUGCUUUAGCCCGGGCACAGUGGCUCGUGCCUGUAAUCCCAGCACUUUGGAAGGCCAAGGGGAGUGGAUCACC